AUGCCGUGGCAGUCUGGUGAACGAGUGGAUUGGGGAGUUAUGAAGUGUUCUCAAUGCGGUGGGUGCAAGUUUGAAGAAGAUCCCGCGAGGGGCGACAUGGUAUGUGUCGAAUGUGGUGCUGUGGAAAGUGAAAAUGCUGUUACUUCAUCCGUUGAAUAUGUUGAGAAUCCCGGUGGGACGACUACAGCACUAGGAAAUUUUGUUUCUUCUGAAAGUCAGAUGCUGGGUUUUCGAGAAUCGCGGUAUGUCACGGAACAAAAAGCUCGGAAGCGCAUAGAAACAAUCUGCGGUCAACUCCGAUUGGGUGCCGACGUCGCCAUCUCUGCGUUCCGUUAUUAUCAGAGCGCUCUUUUUCGUGGAUUUACACGUGGUCGGAGUUCGUUACAACUGGCAGCUGCAUGCAUUUACGUUGCAGCCAGGCAGCUUCGAGUCAACUUAAUGCUUCUUGAUCUUAGCGACGCCGUGGCAAUCAAUGUUUACCACGUAGGACGCACGUAUAUCGAUUUGAAGCGUCGUCUUAAUCUUUCUCUUCCUGAAGUGGAUCCGUGCUUAUUUGUAGAGCGUUUUGCGAGUCAAUUGGAUUUUGAAGAGAAGACAGCUGUCGUAGCUACUACGGCAAUGCGGUUGCUGCAACGUAUGAAAAAGGACUGGAUUAGCACUGGUAGACGACCAAGCGGACUAGCAGCUGCGUCACUGCUUGUUGCCGCCAGAAUUCACGAGUUUAAUAGAACGGAAGAAGAUGUCGCUAAGGUUGCGCGCAUAAGUCAAAUGACUGCAAGGAAGCGAUUAAUUGAGUUCAGUAAAACUCCGAGCUCGGGGCUAAGCAUUGAUGCCUUCUUCACUGUUGAUUAUGAUGAGGAACAAGAUCCACCUUGCUUUGGACAGCAAACACAGAAGAGACGAUUUGAUCUCAAAGACCUCGAUAUGGAACAAGUUUCAGCUGAGAUCAAGGAACUCGGCCGUCGGAUCGACCAAGAACUUGAUGAACUCGCUAAUAAACGGAGAAUGAGCGUUGCUAUUAAUGAUUCUGGCUUAGGCAACUCGAAGGGUCUUCGGCACCUUGUGGAGACAGAGAGUUCACCAGCUAAAGAUGUGGAUUUUGAAGAGGAAAGGGAGAAGAAUGGAGAGUCUGGUACGACAGUAGAGGCCGUGACUGAAGGAACAUCAUUUUUGCCACAUUUUUCGGGAUCUAAGCAUUGUCGCUCGUCGCGUCAGGUGUUGCGUGAAGUCCUCGAUGGGGUGGUUGAUCCCGAGAUCUUAGAUUCUUGUGUGGAAGAUCUUGAGCUUAUCACCGCACACUCGGGCACCAAGUUGUGUGAAUUAGUACGUGCUACUCACCAGUGGCGGAAUGCUCGGGAUGCCGCCGAGGCCGCGGCCGCAACUGCCGACAUCGAUCCAAACCGCUCUGAUGCCUCUACCUCCCAGUCCUCACUACUAGUUCCCAUUCCCACCGAUGGUAUGCUUAACUCCCUUAAACUUCCACACUUUCUUGCUCCCCUGGAAUCUGCACAAGCCACCAAUGAAGCAACUAGUAAGACUCCUCAUAUCCAACUGUUAAUUCAAUGCUCUGGUCUAAUCUUUUGUAUGGAGUGUAUUCAUUUAGAUGACUCUACGGAUAAUGCCGAAAAAAGAGUGGGCUAUGGCAUUGACCUUAGUGACAUUGACGAGGAGGAGCUGAAUCGAGAGUAUUUUCUGACUCCUCGGGAGGUUAUGGUAAAGGCGACUUUUUGGUUCCGCGAAAACGCACCCUUUUUGGAGGAACAAAGGCGGAAGAAAGCCGAAAAAAGACGACUCAAGGAGGAAAUGGCCAAGCGGCCCAAAAGACCACGGCGUGGUCCACGGAAGAUCUAUCGGCGCCAGCGUCGAAUGCCAUGGCAUACAUCCAACAAGGAGGACGGCCCGGAAGGCGGCAUGAACGAGAAUGAAGAUAGCCAAUCUCGGGUCAUCUCGAAGAAGAUAAAUUAUGCUGCGCUAGAAGCUAUCGUAGGUAAGAAAUCGGAAGCGUCGUCUGCCGCUGGAGAGGGUGCUACUCCUACGACUGGCCCCCCUUCACCGUCUGCCUUAGUUCCUGGAGGCGGCAUUCGUACUGACGACUCAGCAGUUGUAUUACCCCAAUCCCGCACCUCCAAUCGACUACUCGAGGAGGCCGAUUGUGUCUCCGCCGCACACUCCAAGCGCGUUUCGCUCUCCUCAUCACUGCUGGAAAAUCUUCCAGACCAACAAGAGGAAGACGAAAUCCCAUCGGAUGCAGAUACGGAGGACGAGUCGUAUGGAGAGGAAGAAGAGGUAAAUUGGGACGAAGGUAAUGAUUUAUGGUGA